UUGGAGCCGCAGCCUCCUUGCGCCGGGUCCCGCGGUCGCAGCUCGUGCCGCCUUCUUCUCGUCCUCGCCUCAGCAGCUUGCUUCGUGGGUCGGUCCCUCCGACACACGAGCUCCAAGCCGCUCCUCUCUUUUCCUAAAGCCCUUCAAGGCAGUCUUUAGUUUCCUUCUUUCCAGCCGACCCUCUUCAGUCCCGCGAAGAUGGUGGACCGCGAGCAACUGGUGCAGAAAGCCCGGCUGGCCGAGCAGGCGGAGCGCUACGACGAUAUGGCCGCGGCCAUGAAGAACGUGACAGAGCUGAAUGAACCACUGUCCAACGAGGAACGGAACCUCCUGUCGGUGGCCUACAAGAACGUGGUUGGGGCUCGCCGCUCCUCCUGGAGGGUCAUCAGCAGCAUCGAGCAGAAGACGUCUGCGGAUGGCAACGAGAAGAAGAUCGAGAUGGUCCGAGCCUACCGGGAGAAGAUCGAGAAGGAGCUGGAGGCCGUGUGCCAGGAUGUGCUGAGCCUGCUGGACAGCUACCUGAUCAAGAACUGCAGCGAGACCCAGUACGAGAGCAAGGUGUUCUACCUGAAGAUGAAAGGGGACUAUUACCGUUACCUGGCGGAAGUGGCCACUGGGGAGAAGAGGGCGACCGUGGUGGAGUCGUCCGAGAAGGCCUACAGCGAAGCCCAUGAGAUCAGCAAGGAGCACAUGCAGCCCACCCACCCCAUCCGGCUGGGCCUGGCGCUUAACUACUCCGUUUUCUACUACGAGAUCCAGAACGCCCCGGAGCAAGCUUGCCACCUGGCCAAGACCGCCUUCGAUGAUGCCAUCGCCGAGCUUGACACUCUGAACGAGGACUCCUACAAGGACUCCACUCUGAUCAUGCAGCUGCUCCGAGACAACCUCACGCUCUGGACGAGCGACCAGCAAGAUGACGACGGCGGCGAAGGCAACAACUAAGGCCCGGGUGGACUGGCAGCGCACGCUGAUGCUACUA